AUGGGAGGAGGAUGGGGCAACAGCACUUGGAAAAAGUGGUAUGAUAAUUGCUUAAGUGAUCAAUGGAAGAAUGGUUCAAAGAAGAAGUCUGAUGUAAAUGGCAGGGAGAAAUAUUAUAAUGGCCGUUGGAAUAUUAUCAGAAAGCAGGAGGGUGGUGGAGGAAGGAGGAACAUAGUUCACGCUGGUAAUGAAAACCUGGCUUGA